AUGGUAAAUGUUUUUAGUGUGACUUACUAUGUCUUGCCAAUGAUUGGUGGCAAAUUUGAAGAGUUGCGAGACAUAAUUGACCGUGUACAGGACAAGUCUCGAGUGGCUGUCUGCCUGGACACAUGCCAUGCCUUUGCCGCAGGGUAUGACAUUGCUUCAGAGAAAGGUUUGUCAAAAACGAUGGAUGAAUUUGACGCUAUCAUUGGCCUCAAAUACCUGAGGGCAGUUCACUUGAAUGACUCUAAGGGAGAGAUCGGCUGUCAUUUAGACAGACAUGAAAAUAUUGGCAAGGGAAAGAUUGGAGUUGAGGCAUUCCGACGUUUAAUGAGAGAUCCAAGGUUUAAUGGUAUCCCUAUGAUUUUGGAGACACCAUGUGCAUCUGAAGACACUUACAAGAAGGAGAUCAAACAGUUGUACACUAUGAUGAAGUAACCAGUUCCUUGGAUUGAGGACUGCAUAGUUGAAAUAAGUUCACAGUUCCAUCUUAAAUUCAAAGUGUAAAUUCUCCUUACUGACCAUAACACAUUUGGUUUAAUGUCAGUUCUGAGAAUGCAGAGGUGGAUCAAGACUAUCCCUCAAUCUGCCUGUCUUUUUAAAUGAGAAAUUAGAAGUAGAUCAUGCACCAAGGCUGUGGUCUAAGAAACAUUACGGUGAGCCCAAGGGUUCCUAACCAUGAAAUCCUGGGUGCCCAGCACUUAAGCUUAUGUUUAAAAAGUAAGUUUUCCCAGUCACCCAAAGACAAGAGUUAGUCGCCUGUGGCAACCGGGAGCUUCUAGAGCACAGCCCUAAUGCACUCUUAAUCAUUUUUUCUCUGAUUACGAUCAGCAAGUGAUUUUACUAUCAACACCAGAGAUGGACCAUUACAUUUCCCGGG